CGACAGUCAAACGGGCUCUGAUCAAAUCUGCUUCUCAGCUUACCAAAAUGCGACUGCUCGCGUUGACCAGCGCGCUGGCCUUACUCGGCAAAGCCGUGCAUGGAUUGGAUGCGGAUGGAUGGCGCAGCCAGUCGAUCUAUUUCCUCCUGACGGACCGAUUCGCUCGCACGGACGGAUCGACGACCGCUGCCUGUGAUCUGGCUCAACGGAGAUACUGCGGCGGCAGCUGGCAGGGCAUCAUCAACCAGCUUGAUUAUAUCCAAGACAUGGGAUUCACUGCCAUCUGGAUUACACCUAUCACCGAGCAGAUUCCCGAUGUCACCGCUGUUGGAACGGGCUUCCAUGGCUACUGGCAGAAGAACAUAUACGGUGUCGACACCAACCUGGGCACAGCCGACGAUAUCAGGGCUCUGUCGGAGGCGCUCCAUGAUCGGGGCAUGUAUCUCAUGCUGGAUGUUGUUGCGAACCACAUGUCUUAUGGCGGCCCCGGCGGAUCAACUGACUUCAGCAUAUUUACCCCGUUCGACUCGGCGUCCUACUUCCAUUCGUACUGCGCAAUCAACAACUAUGACAAUCAGUGGCAGGUUGAGAACUGCUUCCUGGGGGACGAUACCGUCUCCUUGACUGAUCUGAACACCCAGAGCUCCGAGGUACGCGACAUCUGGUAUGACUGGAUCGAGGACAUCGUUGCCAAUUACUCUGUGGAUGGGCUCCGCAUUGAUACCGUCAAGCACGUUGAGAAGGAUUUCUGGCCGGGUUAUAUUGAUGCCGCUGGGGUCUACAGCGUUGGUGAAAUCUUCCAUGGGGACCCGGCGUAUACCUGCCCUUACCAGGAUUAUAUGGACGGGGUCAUGAACUACCCCAUAUAUUACCCCCUUCUGAAUGCGUUCAAGUCCUCGAGCGGGAGCAUGUCGGAUCUCUAUAACAUGAUCAACACAGUCGCCUCAAAUUGUCGGGAUCCUACACUGCUUGGAAACUUUAUCGAGAACCAUGACAAUCCUCGAUUCCCCAACUAUACUCCGGAUAUGAGUCGGGCCAAGAACGUCCUCGCGUUCCUCUUCUUGACCGACGGAAUCCCUAUUGUUUAUGCGGGCCAGGAGCAACACUAUUCAGGCAGCAAUGAUCCCUAUAACCGGGAGCCGGUUUGGUGGUCCUCCUACUCGACCAGCUCAGAGCUAUACAAGUUCAUCGCGACCACUAACAAGAUCCGAAAACUGGCCAUUUCCAAAGAUUCCAGUUAUCUCACUUCCCGGAAUACUCCUUUUUACAGCGAUAGCAACUAUAUCGCCAUGCGCAAGGGCUCUGGGGGCUCUCAGGUCCUCACUCUCCUCAACAAUAUCGGCACCAGUAUCGGUUCCUAUACAUUCGACCUGUAUGAUCAUGGAUACAACAGCGGCGCCAACCUAGUGGAACUGUACACAUGCUCCUCUGUCCAGGUCGGCUCCAACGGCGCAAUCAGUAUCCCAAUGACAUCUGGCCUCCCCCGCGUCCUUGUUCCAGCAGCUUGGGUUUCUGGCAGCGGGCUGUGCGGCUUGACGAACCCUACAAGUAAGACGACCACUGCAACGACUACCUCGACCACGACAUGUGCCUCGGCCACAGCGACAGCAAUCACUGUUGUAUUUCAGGAACGGGUGCAGACCGCAUACGGUGAAAACGUCUUCUUGGCUGGGUCGAUCUCUCAGCUCGGCAACUGGGAUACCACCGAGGCAGUUGCUCUGUCCGCGGCCCAGUAUACCGCUACGGACCCCCUGUGGACUGUGGCCAUUGAGCUGCCUGUGGGGACCUCGUUCGAAUUCAAGUUCCUCAAGAAACGGCAGGAUGGAUCGAUCGUCUGGGAGAGUAAUCCGAAUCGGUCUGCUAAAGUGAACGAGGGAUGUGCUAGGACCACGCAGACAAUAAGCACUUCCUGGAGGUAGUUUGAACGGCAAGCUAGGUCAGGAAUGCAGCAGGGCGUGAAUAUGCGCUGACGGAACGGUGUGGCCAGAUAUAUAUAAGAUACGAAUUCCAGUGUCUCCUUUGUUACUUACAUUUAGCUUCUAUACACUAGCGAAUCUCUUAUUCCCGACUACAUUAAA